CUGGGCUUCAACAUCCGGGGAGGAAAAGCCUCACAGCUGGGGAUCUUCAUCUCCAAGGUGAUCCCCGAGUCGGACGCGCACCGGGCGGGGCUGCAGGAGGGGGACCAGGUGCUGUCUGUGAAUGAUGUGGACUUCCAGGACAUUGAGCACAGCAAGGCCGUGGAGAUCCUGAAGACAGCCCGUGAGAUCACCAUGCGUGUGCGUUACUUCCCCUACAAUUACCAGAGGCAGAAGGAAAGAACUGUUCACUAG